GCAACUUAUAAAUUAUUUUUCACUAAUCUCAAACUAUUAUCAUGGGUGUUUUCAGCUUUGAGGAAGAAACCACCUCAAUUGUAGCUCCUGCUAGGCUUCACAAAGCUCUAGUUAUAGAUGCUGACAUUCUUACACCAAAGGUUAUUGAUGUCAUUAAAAGUAUUGAAAUUGUUGAAGGAAAUGGUGGUCCUGGAACCAUCAAGAAACUUACUUUUGUUGAAGAUGGUGAAACCAAGUAUAAUAUACACAAAGUGGACUUAGUAGAUGAUGCUAACUGGGCUUACAACUACAGCAUAGUUGGAGGUGUUGGGCUUCCAGACACAGUUGAAAAGAUCUCAUUUGAGACUAAAUUGAUUGCAGGCCCAAAUGGAGGAUCCAUUGCAAAGCUUGGUGUGAAGUAUUACACCAAAGGUGAUGUUAACCCUAGUGAAGAGGAACUCAACAAGGGCAAAGCUAGGGGUGAUGGUCUUUUCAAGGCCCUUGAGGGUUAUGUUUUGGCUAAUCCUGAUUACAACUAAAGUAUACAGUAAAUUAGUCGGUUCUUGAAACAGAUAUACCGAAUUUUUAAUAAAUAAGUGUAGUGUUUGUUUGCUUUAUACAUACAUGGUGUGUGUUUCUUGUGACACUAUUAUA